AUGGUCAACAAAAUCUUUGAUUUUCCUGGUGGCACCGAGCCUUUUGUAUUUAGUAGCGAUGAUCCCCAAGUGAAGGCAGAGGUUACAGAGUUAAGGAACAAGUAUGUAGAUCAUCGGAACAAAAUGCCGAUCAACAAAAUAGAGGAGGUGAAGCUUAGCGAUGAGACAGAAGAUGGAUUUAUUAGGAGCUUUGCAUUUUAUUUCCUAUCAUCUAUUUUGUGCCCUGCAUCAUACUGCUUUGGUAACAUGAAGUUCUUAUACUCUCUAAGAGAUGUUUCUGCUAUCCCUUCACUUGACUUUGGGCAAUUGGCACUGGAUUUCAUGCGUGAGGAGUCAGAGCGUCAUUUUGAAAUGAUCAUGAACAGACCAAGUGUUGAGGAAAUGAACAAGGCUUCAUAUAUUGGGGGAUGUCUUCCUAUUUGGGGAAUCAUUUAUCUGGAUUUUGUUGAUUUUGAUGUUAUUGAGAAUCAUCAGUCAACUGUGGAUUAUUCUCUUCCUCGGAUAACUCAUGUCAAGACUGAAGAUUUCAAGUAUCUCGCAUUGGCUGAUAGGAAUUAUGAGUCUAGGAAAAAUUACGGGGUUUUACCACCGCGAGACAUAUCACGCACGCCAUAUGCCAAUGUGGUGCCUGUUAACAAUGCUCCUAAUGUUGCUGGUGUGUCUAAUUCAAUUCCUUCUGUGGAGGACAACAAUGCCAAUAGUGUUCCUGCAGCUCUCAAUGAGAACACGUCAAUUGAUUCAAAAAGUCCUCUUAUCAUUUCGGAAAACAUUUCUGUCCUGAAUUCGGAGUACCAAACACCAAUUUUCCCUGUCAAUGCUACACCUCUGAAUACCAACCCUGUUGAGCAUCCUACUACUUCACAACCUAAGGAAGAUAUUUUUCUAUCGACUGAAGCACUUGAUAUCAAAUUUUCUAGUGGAGUUAAUGCAAAAAUAAGUUUUAUAUUGAUUAGUUCUGGUUCUCCAAAUGAAAGAGUGAAACGCUUACAAGGUACUCCAAUCAUUAUUCAGGUUGAUUCUCCUGUCACUCCUGCUGUUGCGACUAAUGAAGACAUACCAGUCUCUCACUGUGAUGCAAGUGUAGGAAUCCCAAUGAACAUGGACUUUGAUGUCCAACAAGACUAUUCUACAAUGAAUAAUGCAGAAGCUGGAACGAGUACAUGA